UAAAAGUGAACAAAAUCCGCCCACAUUCCCUACUGUGUACAAGGGGCCAAACGGUACAACCACCACCACCACCACCACCAUGAGUCACAGUCCGGAAAGGAUCUCGUCCUACCGCCGUCACUUCGAGGACAGCUCCAGCUCGUCCUACCAGGUCCGGGUGUCCAGCCCGUCCCCUACCCGGAGAAAUGGCCGCACCGCUUCUGUCGGUGUGUCCCGCUGCCCUGGAGCCGGCAGCACGCGCACAGAGUCGAUGGGAAGAAGGACCACCUCUGCUGCAAGAAGGACCACCCGUGUGUCUGGAUCUAGCAUGGGCACCGUAGCAUGCAUAGGUUUAGACGGAGUGCCCGCCAUCGACCUGGAUGUGGCGUCUGCCGAGAACCAGGAGUUCCUCAGCACUCGCAACGGCGAACGCCGGGAAAUGAUUGUCCUCAAUGACAGACUGGCUGUAUACAUCGACAAGGUUCGAUCGCUGGAGCAGAAGAACCAGUUGCUGGAGACUGAGAUCGAGGCCUACCAGAACCGGUUCCAGAAGCCGACGGGCCUGCGCCUCCUCUAUGAGGAACAGCUGAAGGAGCUAAAGAAGAUCGCUGAACAGAUGAGAGUUCAGCGGGACAUUGCCUUGGCCUCUAAGGAGUCCACAUCUGCUAACUUGGCAUCAUUAAAGAUCAAGUAUGAGGAGGCAUUGGAGCUGAGGAGGAAAGCCGAGCUCGACAUUGAGAACUUCCGCCCUGAUGUAGACAAAGCCACAUCCUCGAGGAUCGCCUUGGAGAAACAGCUAGAGCAGCUGGAAGUAGAAAUUGAGUUCCUGAAACGGGUCCACCAACAGGAAAUUGAGGAACUUUUGAAGCAGAUCUACUCAGCCCAUGCAUCAGCCGAGAGCGCCUUUGCCCUGCCUGACCUGGCCUCAGCCUUAAAACAAAUCCAGAAGCAGUACGAUGACAUUGCUGCCAAGAACCUCCAGGACAUGGAUGCAUGGUAUAAAAACAAAUUUGAAGACAUAACCAACAAGACCACAAAGCAUGUGGAUAAGGUUCGCGGAAUCAGAGAGGGAAUAGCUGGGGCCAAGAAAGAUAUCCUAAACAAAGAGAGAGACUUGGAUUCCAUGAAGACAAAGAAUGAUGGUCUUGAAGCCCAGAUCCACGACGCACAAGAUAGGUACAAGAAGGAACUGGAAGAAUUGCAGGCCCGGAUUGAGGCCCUGCAGCAUGAGCUAAAAUCCACCAAGGGGAAGAUUGCGCUGCACCUGCGUGAAUACCAGGACCUCCUGAAUGUGAAGAUGGCUCUGGAGAUUGAGAUCACAACAUACAGAAAACUAAUUGAAGGAGAAGAUGUGCGGCUCGCUGGUAUGAUGCUCAAUGUGUCGUUCAUGAGCAGCAACUGCAUGAGCGCCAUUGGGGCUGGGACAAGCAUGGGCAUGGGUGGUGCUGGUUCCGGCAUGGGUGGGGCCGGCUUGGCUGGUUCCGGUAUGGGUGGUGCAGGCAUGGGUGGUGCUGGUUCCGGCAUGGGUGGGGCCGGCUUGGCUGGUUCCGGUAUGGGUGGUGGAGGCAUGGGUGGUGCCGGCAUGGGAGGCACUGGCAUGGCUGGUGCCGGUAUGGUUGGUGCCGGCAUGGCUGGUGCCGGCAUGGCUGGUUCCGGUAUGGGUGGUGCCGGUGCUGUUAUGGGUGGUGCCGGUAUAACUGGUGCUGGUAUGGGUGGAGCUGGAAUGAGUGGGUUAGGCAUUGGGGGUGUAGGCAUGGGAAGUGGGGGGAUGGGAGGAAUGGGCGGAGCCGACAUGACUGGCGCUGGAGGAAUAGGUGGAGCCAACCUGUCUGGCGCUGGAGGAAUGGGCGGAGGCAUUCACGGAGUCAGGUCAAGGGGCAUGGAUGGAGGCCUGGACAGCAGUGCCGGGGAGCAAGCUGUAGAGUUGACCGAGAGAAGGACCGUACUUAUUAGGACCGUAAAAAACGAGGACGAGGUGCUGGAAACUGACCACCAUGAACAGACCUACAUCAUCAGCGGGGCUGCGGACGACUCUGACGAUGACCAAGCGUGAUUUAACCAUUUGACCUUCUUUGACCAUUAAAAAGCUAACCCACCCCACCCCCCUCUUUCCACUGACCACUGACCAUGUCUGGAGCAUGACCUUCGCCCUUUGACCUGGACAUCAGGAGCAUGAAAGACGCCCUCACCAGCCGAGCUGCGUCUCUUCCUAUUGGGCUGCACUGUGUCCCACAAGGGACGCUCAAUGUUUUCUCUACACUUUGCUUCGGUUUGC